AUGGCUACUUCUCAAGAUUCUUAUCAAGAUAUUGAUGAAAAUAUGGUCGCUUUUACCUCUGUUACUGUCAAUACUACUGCUAAUACUCCUACCGCAGAGAUCAAUAAUCUAAUUAACGAGAAUAAUCUUUCCAAUAUUCGAAGCGGUAGCAAUAACAACAACUCUAUUAUUCAAAAAAUAAAGGGCCUUUCAAAUGACAAAUCGACCUAUGACUUGAGAAUUCUUUUGCCUGAUGGUUCGAGCGCUCUAGUGCACAAAUUUCUGUUGCUGUUACUUUCGUCAACACUCCAUAAAUAUUUUCAAGAAUUCAAUAAUACUGAAAACGAUAAGAAGUUAAUUGUAAUCGAGAAUCCAUCAAAUGAGAACGGAUCUGCCGAUGGGUGGUCUGAUUGCGAAGACGAAAAGUACAACGACGAAGACGACAUCUUCGAUAUCAACAAAUCGAAUGAAACCCACGUCGUUAAUAGUAAUAAAGAAGCUUUGGUAUUCAUCGCUGAUCCAAACCAAUUACGUAUCGAAUAUCCACCCAACAAAAAUCUCGAAACAAUCGUGUUAACACACAUGAUCGGUUCGACAAAACUACCACCAACAUCAGUUUCUUUCGCAUUUAAUCACCUCAAAUUGUUUCUCUAUACAGGAAAAGUCGAAUAUCAUGAAUUGGAAACUUCAAUUUUCCUUUACGCUUCUUUUUUUUAUCUAAUUGAUACACUCAAGAUCUAUGAUUUAUUUCAGUCUAGUUUGAAAGCGAUCGACAAAUACAUGACCAGAAACAAUAUUAUCUCCUUAUUGAAUAUAGCUUUUGAUGUUUUGUUACCGGAUCUUGGAAUAAUCGAUGCUAAUGUGGAUACUAACGAUGAUUGGAAUUGGUGGAUGAAAAGGGAAGGGCUGAUUGUCAAAAUCACGGAAAAAUUUGUCGAGUUCUUCUGGGAAAUUGAAUCGACCUCAGAUUGUCAAUCUGUAUUCCAUGGGUUUAGAGAAUUGAAGAGAUGCGCAUUGAAAUGCGCGGUGGAAUAUUAUAUUAAGACCAAUAGGAACGAUAAUUCUUUGGAUGCUAGAGAUGUGAAUGUAAAAGCCUUCAAUGUUGUAAUCGACUGGCUCAAUUGUCAAGUCGAAACCGACCAACUAGAAUUUAAUCAAAAAAUACUCUCCGCUAUCGAUUACUCAAAAGUAGAUCCUGAAAUUUUGUCAAAAUCGAUCAAAGUGGUUCGACUAUUAGCGCCAUCAAUAUAUCCAGAAGCAGUCGACACGAUUUUGCUAAACGUGACUCAAAGCUUAUCGCGAUUAGAGAAACAAAAGAAACAACAGAAACAACAAGACAACAAAAAGAGCAAUUCGGUUCCGAGUAAUUAUAAUACUGUUGAUGCUGUGGGGCCGCAGCAAGAUAUCGAAGAGAGCAAUCCGAAGAAAAUUGUUUUAAAGAACGUUUUCAAGAAGUAUGAUAAGAAUCAGCAAGAUAAUUAUCCAGUGAAGCCUUUUAAAUAUAAUAACACUUGUUAA